UCGGCUGUUAGUUGAUCACUCAGUGUUUUAUCGUGUUCCGUAGUGUUCAGUCAUAUUAUAAUUUAAAUUACUUAAGUUAAAUAAGCUUCCUUUAUUUGUAAUAAUUUUAUCAGUUGUAGGUAUUAAUUAGAAGGGCCAUGGCCAUGCUGUUGUAGUUGCAACUCAUAAAAAAUUUUUAAUUAUGCAUCGGUUCAAAAUUCACAAUAACAUGUUAAAUUUAUAUAAGAGAUAAAAUAUUGAAAAGUAGGUAGCAACUCAAAUAUGGAAUAUAUUAAAUUAUCCUAAUGGUCACUGAAAUUAUAAAGUUUUAUUAAUGAAUGUAAAUAAUAAUUUGUAGUAGGUAUGUACCUUGACGGGUUUAAAAUUUUGAUAUAGGUACCUAUAAAGCUAUACCGUUUUGUAUCAAAGUAAGCUAUUUUAAAAGAACAUUAGCAAUUGCAAAUCGGAGCUGUUACAAAAUAAAUAAAAAAUGUAGUUAAAAUAAAGUUUUUGAAAAGGAAAUGGGACUCAAAACGAACAAUGUGCUUCCCAAUAAGUGGUGUACGGUGCGCAUACAUUAAGUUGCUGAGAUUUGCUGUUUUUAAGAAAUCUAAUAGUUUUAAACAGAAAAAAUACAAGAGAUUUGGAAAGAAAAAAAAUAAAGUAACAUGGCGUCGGCAACGGUGAUAUGGUCUAUCGUAGUUAUUUGCUCUGCUUCUGUCCCACGAGUUAACACCGAAAAUAGCAUCGGUAUAUGCAGGAGCAAGAUUUGCAAUAAAAUUGACGGACUUCAUGUAUUGAAAGAUUGCGUAGUCAUUUUGGGAAACCUCAAAGUAUUACUGCUGGAGCAGGCUCACAAGGAUGACUUUCGAAAUAUAUCUUUCCCUAAACUCAAAGAGGUCAGCGGUUUUGUUCUGUUCUACCGUGUCAACGGUCUUGAGUCAAUCGGUCAGCUUUUCCCGAACUUGGCUGUGAUUGGGGGAAGGCACGUACUGUACAACUUCGCCUUGAUCAUCUACGAUAUGCCCGAUCUUAAAGAGGUGGGACUUUAUAGCCUGAUGCGUAUUUACAAAGGCGGUGUGGUAGUGUGGGCAGUUCCUCAGGUCUGCUACGUUCACACUAUAAAUUGGGAGGUGAUCGCGCCCAGAGCUCGCCAUGUGCUGAGCUCAUCCGAGGGGUCUGUGCACUGCAACACUAUGUGCUCCUGCACUACUAAUACUGCGACAAACCAUUGCUGGAACAUAAAGAAAUGUCAGCGUUAUUUGGAAGGUCCAGACAAGGAGAAGUGCAAUGACUUAUGCCUUGGAUGCCGUAAUAUAAAUCCUGACUCGUGCUCAAAUUGCCGAUACAAAACUUAUAAGGGCAAUUGUGUUAGAAAAUGUCCUGCCGACACAUUGGAGCUUCAGGAUGUUGGUUAUUGCAUCACGAAGGCUGAAUGCCAUUACUUGGCCGGUUGGAAAUUUAAAAAUUUUUGUGUCUUUAAUUGUUCAACUGGUUAUGAACAGCAAAUUACGUCUACAGGAUACAGCUGUGUGCCCUGCAAUAGAUGUGAAGAGACUUGUGAAAAUGUAACAAUACACGCUUUAGGCCAUUUACAAGAUGCAAGCAGAUGUGUGAAAAUUAAUGGAUCACUUAUUAUCAGUAUUCGUUCCCUCCCAGAGACGAUGACCGAACUCCGAACAUAUUUAAAACAAGUAGAAGAAGUCACCGACUACGUUGUAGUUUACGGAAUGCCUACAGUUACAUCUUUGGAUUUUUUAUCUUCAUUACGUAAGAUAUCAGGUCGAGUAUUAAGAAACGGUACCUACAGUCUUUUAGUGUAUGAUAUGAUAAGUCUCCAGAGCCUAUUCACGGAAAAUGUUACAAAGAAUUUGAAGAUUGGAAGAGGAACAAUGUUGUUUAACAACAACCCGAUGUUGUGUAUGAGCGAGCUUGAGAAAAUAGUACCAAUGUUUCCCAUACCUCCGGUAUCGACAGAUGUCCCUCAAGGUGCAAACGGAUACAGCGGCGGCUGCACUACAGCGUCAGUUAGCUUAAACGUAAAUGUCCUUAAUGAGACUUCAGUUGCAGUACAUUUUACGCACAUAGAAGACCCUUAUUCACAUUAUUCUAUUCUGUACAUACGGUUUCCUCAGGGAUCUCGUAAAAUUUUUGUACCAGAAACAUGUAGUGACACUGAUUGGUAUGCUUAUAAUAUUCCAACAGAAAUCCACAACAAUAGCAUCGUACAGCUGAAUGAUUUACAACCAGCUUCAUCUUAUGCGCUUUGUAUAGAGAAGUAUGACCCAGUUAAAAAGAUUCUGGCCCGCAGCGACAUAGUCAACUUUUCUACUCCCGUGGGUAAACCUGAACCACCAUUUAUUUUAGAAUUAGUCGCUUCAUCAUCUGAAGUAGUAGUCUUACGAUGGGUCGAUCAUAAAAUUUAUAGACCCCACAUAAAACGAUAUGAACUAGAUGUAGUUUUAGUUGAUAUUUACCCAGAAGAUGUUGCAGCAAGAGACCAUUGUAAAGACGUGGAACGUUAUGAGGAGAUAGAUAUUUUUCGACACGCUGUUGUAAUGAGACCUCCUGCUGAAUAUGAUAGAUGUGUGUGCUGCGAGUCUAUGUGUGGGAUACUUUCAUCAGUCACUGAAGGAGCUAUGGUCGAAGAAUAUUUUGAUGUAUGUAGCAGUAUUGAAUAUAAUUGCAAUAAUGUUGAAGCCCCUCCUCCAGCAAACUCUUCGUAUGGAAAAUUUUUAAGAUCUUUGUCAUUGAAUAUAAAAGGACCAAGGAAUGAUUUUCAGGUCGGAGGAUUGGCCCCGUUUCGAGACUAUCGCUUUAGGUUACGCGCCUGUAGUGACCAAUGCAGUAGGUCGGCACGUGGAGUAGUUCGAACAUUGCGUGCCGAUUAUGCCGACAUGCCAAAAAUAAUUUACGCAAGCGCCAAUGAAAAUGGUUUCAUAGCUGUGAAAUGGGAGCCACCUGAAGUGACCAAUGGUCCGGUAUUAUCUUACUCGGUACAAGUAUUACCGUCUCUGAAAUUAGAUGAUAUAUCACGUUUGAUACCACAGGUUUGGUGUCAGUCAGCUGAGAAAACAUUUAUGAUCGUAAAGUCAGUGAAAGCCAAAACAUAUUUAGUUAGUGUUUGUUCAAAAACUCUUGCAUCUAGAAACGUUUGCAGUGCAAAUAUCAAAGUGGUGAUUAGUAGUAAUGUCAGUUGGUGGGCUGGGAUUGUGUUUGCUAUAGUUUUAUUCACCACAACUACAAUAGCGACUCUUUUCAUUAAGAAACGAAGGGACUACAGUUAUGAGUUACCUCUUUUAUCGAAUAUUAUGGCGACAGAUGAAAGUGAGCCACCUAGCACAAACAAGUCCGAUUUUGUAGAAUUGUAUUCCAUACCACUUCGUGAUACUGAAUUGAAAUAGUUCAUUUGUAUUAUUUAAAAUAAAC